GUGAUGUCAGGGCUAGCUGGGUUGAAUGCAUCCGUACUUCCUGUAUAGCAGAGCAGGCUUGGCUAAAUACCAACGGGCUUCUCUCCUCCUGACCUAGCGAGCUGCUGCUGCUGCUGCGGGACGAGGAGGAGGAGGAGGAUUGUCAGCCCGCGAUCGCGCGCGUCUCCCCUUCGGAACGUGGCUUGGCAUCUCCAGCCGGGGAGAGCUGCAUGUGGGCCAGCGAAGCCCGCGGGAGACCAUGGCAGUCCUCAAACUGACCGACCAGCCACCGCUGGUCCAAGCAAUUUUCAACGGCGAUCCUGAUGAGAUACGUGUACUAAUCUACAAAACUGAAGAUGUUAAUGCUUUGGACACGGAGAAGCGCACCCCGCUUCACGUUGCUGCUUUCUUGGGAGAUGCAGAGAUUAUUGAGCUCCUUAUCUUGUCCGGAGCCCGUGUCAAUGCAAAGGACAACAUGUGGCUGACUCCUCUCCAUCGAGCUGUUGCUUCAAGGAGUGAAGAAGCCGUACAAGUAUUGAUUAAGCAUUCAGCUGACGUCAAUGCCAGAGACAAGAACUGGCAGACACCCCUACAUGUCGCAGCUGCAAAUAAAGCUGUGAAGUGUGCCGAAGUGAUAAUUCCCCUUCUGAGUAGUGUCAAUGUCUCGGACAGAGGAGGUCGGACAGCAUUACACCAUGCAGCUCUGAAUGGCCAUGUUGAAAUGGUGAGUUUACUUUUGGCUAAAGGGGCAAAUAUUAAUGCCUUCGACAAAAGGGACCGAAGAGCUUUACACUGGGCAGCAUACAAGGGCCACUUGGAAGUUGUUUCAUUAUUGAUCAGUCAUGGGGCUGAAGUGACAUGUAAAGAUAAGAAAGGUUACACUCCACUUCAUGCUGCUGCAUCCAGUGGCCAGAUCGGCAUAGUGAAACACUUGCUCAAUCUUGGUGUGGAGAUUGAUGAAAUGAACAUCUAUGGAAAUACUGCCCUUCAUAUAGCUUGUUAUAAUGGGCAGGAUUCUGUGGCUAAUGAGCUGAUAGACUACGGAGCUAACGUCAAUCAACCUAAUAACAGUGGAUUCACUCCCCUCCAUUUUGCUGCUGCUUCAACUCACGGGGCCCUUUGUCUGGAACUACUUGUGAAUAAUGGGGCAGAUGUAAACAUUCAGAGUAAAGACGGGAAAAGCCCCCUGCAUAUGACAGCUGUCCAUGGGAGGUUUACACGGUCACAAACUCUCAUUCAGAAUGGAGGUGAAAUUGACUGUGUUGAUAAGGAUGGCAACACUCCCCUCCAUGUGGCUGCAAGAUACGGGCAUGAACUUUUGAUUAAUACCUUAAUAACCAGCGGAGCUGAUGCGGCCAAAUGUGGCAUCCAUCGCAUGUUUCCUUUACACUUGGCAGCACUUAAUGCGCAUGCUGACUGCUGUAGGAAGUUGCUUUCAUCAGGACAAAAGUAUAGCAUAGUGUCCUUGUUUAGUAAUGAGCACGUGCUGUCUGCAGGCUUUGAUAUAGACACCCCAGAUAAAUUUGGAAGGACGUGCCUCCACGCUGCUGCUGCAGGAGGCAAUGUUGAGUGUGUGAAACUCUUGCAGAGCAGUGGAGCAGAUGUAAAUAAAAAAGACAAAUAUGGAAGGACACCUUUGCACUAUGCAGCUGCAAAUUGUCAUUUUCAAUGUAUUGAGAUGCUGGUAACCGCGGGGGCCAAUAUUAAUGAAACUGAUGACUGGGGACGAACAGCUUUACAUUAUGCUGCAGCCUCAGACAUGGACAGAAAAAAGAAUAUUUUGGGUAACUCCCAUGAAAACUCUGAAGAAAUUGAGAGAUCCAAUGAAAAGAAAGAAAAAGAAGCUGCAUUGUGUCUAGAAUUUCUUCUUCAAAAUGAAGCAAACCCUUCAAUCCAAGAUAGAGAUGGCUAUAAUACAGUGCAUUACGCUGCUGCUUAUGGACACAGGCAGUGUUUAGAACUGCUUCUGGAGAAAACAAACAACUUUUUUGAGGAAUCAGAUUCAAUAUCAGCAAGAAGUCCUUUGCAUUUAGCUGCCUAUAAUGGUCACCAUGAAGCAUUAGAAGUGCUGCUUCAGUCACUAGUAGAUCUGGAUAUUAGAGAUGAAAAAGGGCGUACUGCCUUGGACCUUGCUGCAUUUAAAGGACAUAUGGAAUGUGUUGAAGCGCUCAUCAACCAGGGUGCUUCUGUCACAGUGAAAGAUAAUGUCACACAACGGACCCCACUCCAUGCCUCAGUCAUCAAUGGGCAUACAUCAUGUCUACGGCUUUUAUUAGAAGUAACAGAUAACCCUGACGUAGUGGAUGCCAAAGGACAGACUCCACUGAUGCUAGCUGUGGCUUAUGGGCACAUAGACGCUGUUUCUUUGUUACUUGAAAAAGAGGCAUCUGUUGAUGCAGCUGAUAUCCUGGGAUGUACUGCUUUACAUCGAGGGAUUAUGACAGGGCAUGAGGAAUGCAUUCAAAUGCUGUUGGAACAAGAAGUAUUAAUUCUGUGUAAGGAUGCCAGAGGCAGGACCCCUCUCCAUUAUGCAGCAGCUCGCGGUCAUGCCACAUGGCUGAGUGAAUUAAUGCAGUUGGCACUUUCGGAAGACUACAAUUUUAAAGAUAAUCAGAAUUAUACACCAUUGCACUGGGCUUCUUAUAACGGAAAUGAAAACUGUAUAGAGGUACUGUUGGAACACAAAGCUUUUCGCAACUUUCAUGGAAACACGUUUUCUCCAUUGCACUGUGCGGUAAUAAAUGAUCAUGAAAACUGUGCUUCACUACUCAUUGGGGCAUUUGGUGGUGGCAUUGUUAAUUGCAAAGAUGAAAAAGGAAGGACUCCACUCCAUGCAGCAGCCUUUGCUGAUCACGUGGAAUGCUUGCAGCUACUUUUAAGUCACAAUGCACAAGUAAAUGCGGCAGAUAAUUCAGGGAAAACUCCACUUACCAUCGCUGCUGAAAAGGGCCAUAUAGGGACUGUAGAUUUUUUGGUGAACAGUGCUAAGGCUGAUCUAACCUUGAUGGAUAAUGACUUGAAUACAUCAUUGCACUUGGCUAGCAGUAAAGGUCAUGAAAAAUGUGCCUUGUUGAUACUUGACAAGAUACAAGAACCGAGCCUUAUUAAUGCAAAAAACAAUGCAUUGCAAACACCUCUUCAUAUUGCUGCACAGAAUGGCUUGAAGAUGGUAGUUGAGGAAUUGUUAGCAAAGGGGGCAUGUGUACAGGCAGUAGAUGAAAAUGGUCAUACACCAGCCCUGGCUUGCGCUCCUAACAAAGACGUGGCUGACUGCCUGGCACUCAUUUUGGCUACCAUGAUGCCUUUUUCUCCUUCCAGUACACUGACGCCGCUCAACUUCGUUUCUUUUAAAAAAGACCACUUGAGUAGGACUCUUCUCUGCAAUAGCUCCAAUAUGAGCAACACUCUUAACUCAUAUAGUAAAACCUUAAUGAAUGAUGAAGGAGCAGAAAAUGGAUACAAUGACAAUGAUUCCGAUUCCGAAACCUUUUGACUUUUUAACAUUCAGUGCCCCUUCCUUGAUUGCAUUUGCAUUUAAUCUGAAAUUUUCUUUAGAAACACCUGGAUUUCACCUCACCUUCAUUUAUGAAUUGAGAACAGCAAAGACUAAAAUUUGCAAUUAAAUAGAGCCUUUUAGAAAAUUUAAGUAUUUUUUUGUUUUUGUUUUAGUGCACUCUAGUUAAUGUUUUGCUUCCAGCACUACUGUGCUUUCCAUAAAUUCUAAGGGCUCCUCUGGAAGUCUCUACCUCCUAUUAUAUGCAGAAAAAAGAAGCUGCCUUUUUCUGUUUUGACAGCACAAGUAAACAGGGAACUGUUAUGUCUAUAUUAAUAUGUUAGCUAUAUUAAACUGCUGAUAUAAAGUCAUUAUUCAAGUAGGGUGCUUCUGGAUUGUCAGAAGACCUUCCCAUAUCUAGUAUUUCUUGUAUAGAUGUAUAGUCUUCAUUUUUAGGUACUUUUGUUAUAAAAACCAAAGGUAAAGCCACAUAGUUUGAUUUGGGUUUGAACAAAUACUGCCAACACCACCAUUUUCUGUGGCAAUCCAGACUUCUAAAUUCAUCACAGUAAUACCCAAUAGGUGUUUUAAAACAAUAGGUAUGUGCUGCUUCCAUUUGCAAUUUAAAAUCAUUAGGAUCAAAUCUUGUUUGCCUCAUCACAACAUACCCACCUGCGGCUGCAGCAAAGAGAUUAUUGUAAAGGCAGAUGAGAUUUGCCUUAUUUUUGUUACCAUUCAGCACAAGCAUGCAUGCUUUAUUUGCACUCUCCAAGUACGGAUCCUUGGGAACUUGUCUUACCUGUGCUGUCUAGCAAUUAUUUGUUUUAGGAAAAAAACCAAUUCUAAAUAUAAUGCCUAAUGCACCUAAAUGUUUCACCCUGCUCAUUUGAAUUGACUUUUUGUUAUCUUUAUGUGUAAUGUGAUUUUUAUCAUACGCAUUGUCUGACUUUUUUUGGGAAGUAUACAACGAUUACAGUCCUUCAUAUUUAUCAUUGCUGUGCUAAGAUGCAAACAGGAGACAAAACCAAAACAUGAAGUGGAAAAGUUAAGUAAUCAUACAGAAGGGAACUGUACUAAACAGUCCUGCUGGCAUCAAUUUACUUUUUAAACAUUUGCAUUAUGAAUAUCUACUCCUUCUGCCAAAGCUUCUAGGUCAAACGGACCCUUUUCCUCGCCCGAGAAAGGUGUACAGAAAGAAGAGUGAGACUCUUAAAAUAUAAAGAACUAACCAGCUAUACCAUGAGGACCAAAAGGCUUCAGAAGACUUUAUUAUUUUUUUAAUAAUGCAAGAGGGGGGAAAAAAAUCAAGUAACUUUUCUAAUCACCAAUGCACAAAUAGUGUUUUCUGUAAUUAAGAGUCUUGGGUUAUUUCUAGUAGAUACUUUGACAUUUGUAACCAAUGAUGAUGAUGUGUUGAUCACAGUUUAUUUUUCCAGACUAGUGUUCGUACUUGUAAUGUUAAAUGUGUUUAUAUUUAUUUGAAAUGAAACAAGUGCCCAGAAAAAAUUGACCAUGGUUUGUCCUCCUUCUUAAUUCUAUAAUGUGUUACUAGCUAUGAAUUUAAGCAAAUUUAGUAUGCUGGGUUUGAUGGAACAAAUGCACAGAGUUAUCAUUUUCAGCUCUUAUGCAGCCAGCUGGGAAUAGUUUCAUGCAUAUUUUGUCAAAUGCAGUGGAGGCGUACAUUGCAUACUAUUUGUUGGCAGAGCAGAGGAAAACAUAUAAAGGAAAGAAAAAUGUGUGAUUUAGUCUUUAAAAGGAUGGUGGUGAAAAUUUGUCAAUGUUCUAAAGGAGAAUUGUGGAAUCAAGAGGGAUGUGUCGUUCCUUGUUUACGGAAGCAAAAUACUUUAAAAAAAAAACCUGAAACAGAACAGAUAGUAGACUAUCUGCUGCUUUAUUAUCUAUUCUACACAGAUAUUUGAAAUAAUUUAACAUAACCACUCAUUGCUAUAUAUCAAAGUAUGUUAAAGACAGAAUAUGUGAAUUUAUUCUUGGAUGAUCAGUAAAGCGUAACGAAGUUUCUCUUUGCUUCUAUAAACAAGAUUUGCCGGGAAAGCUUCCACCUUGAGACUGCAUCUUCAUCUAAGUCAAAUGUAUUUUCAUUCUGGGCUAUACAUUGCAAAAAAAUAGAAACCAGACAUCUUGCAUUGUAAUGGACGUUAUGAAACAUUUCCAAUUUGAAACAACUGUUUCUGCACAAUAUUGUGCUGAUUUCACUGAAACUGUUCUGUACGGCACUGUACCAGUAUUUGAAGAAGGGUUACAAAUUCAAAAUGCUUUGCACAUAUCUAAAAUGUAAUCCUCGUAGGGGACGCUUUAUUCUCAGACAGGUGACAAUGUUCCUCAGUUUUCAGCCAUUUUGUAGUUGCACUCGCAAACAAAAAUGCCUUUAAUGAAAAGGUACCACUAACACUGACUGAAACUCUCAGUUGUUCCUUUUUUUAACUCCCAGCCAGUGUAUUGAGAGGAAAAAUUCCCAGCAAAAUACCAAAAGAAAAACUAGGAUCAGAAAUAUCCCCAUGAAUCAAUUGAACUUUCUGCCACAUGACUGAUAUUUUUUGUCCCAACUACUGAUUAACAUAUCAGAAAUUAAAUUUCUUCCCUCUUUUGAAAAUCAUGGAAGACUCCAAAAGAACUUUUGGCUGAAUGGACUAUAUUUAUCUAUCUUUACUAUAUUAAGAAUUAAAAUUGACACUCUUGCUUCUCAUGAUUGUUGAUGGGAUUUUAAUACUGUAUUAUUUUUCAAUCUAGGUGGGCAAAUAAUUUUGAUUUUAUAGACUUGAGGGGACACCCCCCCUCAAGGGUCCUAAGACCACACUUUAAUAAAUUCUGAUAUAGAAGAACCUAGAGGUUUCAUGCAUUGGACCAACACUCUAUAAUUUCACAUUAUGAUUUUUAUUAGGUAGCAGAGCUCAGCUGUAGCCCCAGAGAAUUCCCUAAUUUUCCACUUUUCACACUAGAGCUUGGGGACAGGCUGUAUUCUUGUGGGUGGGAACUCUCACCUCACAUUUUCCCAUAACUCCUAAGCUUCCAUAGCACUAUCAUAUCAUGUCCUUUUGCCAGGCUUUAGUGUUGUAGAAAUGUGGCUUUGCAACUCCAGCUAUAAGGCCUUACAUUCUUGUGUAUGUUUUUUUUUCACUGUCUCUCAUUUUUUCUCUUUUUCUGCUUUUCUAGAAAAGGAAAGCAUGGAAGGAAAUUGAGGAGGUGGGGCACAAUCUGAAUGUCAUUUUUGGUACUUUCCUGUUGAUCCAUUAGAAAGAAAGUUAAUCAACUCAUGUGGGGUUUUCAGCAGCUGAGGUCAGGACUAUAACAGGUUGAUGCCGAAUAAUUCUGAGUUUAUAGAAUGGCAACAGUGGUUGCAUGGAGAUGCCCUCAUAGUUGUGAGUCAUCUGGAGCCUACUUAUCAUCUAUUAACAAUAGUUUGCUGUUAUGUUUUUUUUUCCAAAAAAGAAAAGCAGUGCAUUUGAUUAUAAUGGUAUAGCUAUGAAGGAAGACAUGAAAUAAACAGAAUGACCAAAAAUAAAAAAAGGAUCACCAAACAGUCAGGGAAAUCAAACUACACUUACAAAUCUAUAAGUUUUCUUUCUUAGUACUGUAAUGUUUUAUAGCUGAAGUGAGUUCUCUACAACAGUACUAAAUAUUAUUAAACAUCACUUGAAACAAAACAAAAAUGUUCCAUGUAGAAUUGAGUAAAAAGUCUCAUUUUCUUCUUCCUUCUUCUUGGCUGAUCAUAUCAAGUUAGUCACCAAUAAAUACACACAUACACACACCACCGCAGCCUCCACAAAACAUCAGGAGGGUAGGGGGGAAAGUAAAUUUGGGGAACAGAGGUCAAAGGACAAUCUACCACACAAACAGAAAUCUUCUACAGCAUUGGAAUCAUUCACAGUACAAUAAUCUCCUCACCCAAAUAAUUUGAUAGUGACUUCUAUAAAUACAUUUUUCAACACUUUAUGCUAAAAUCCUCUGCACAGCUAUAUAGAAAUAUAAUAGAAUAUAGUUCUGAGUUCCUCAGUUUAGACUACAUUAUGCCUUUCUGUCCUAUCAACAAUCCCAGCCUACUGCCUUGAAAAGACAAUAUGGCUAAAAUCCCCGGCUAUACAAUCUUUUGAACUUAAAAUAAUUUAUUUCUGAAUAGACCUAUAUUCAUUUGUAGGGCCAUCUUUUCCAAAUAUAUGCUUAUCUAUCUCUUUUAUAUGUAUUACUUUCAUGUAAAAGAGUAAUAAAACCAUCUUAAUUAAAAUGGGAAAUUUGCAGUUAGUGUCACUGGACUAUGGAUUCCAUUCCAAUCGCUUUCUUCUCUAAAUGGCAAUACGGUUUAGUAGCAGAUAAGGUACUGUAUUUUAACGAUAGUAAUAAAUGUCAGUUAUGGCCUGUUUUGAUUUGUUUGAUUAGCUUUUGUCAAAAGAUAAGCACUCUAUUCUACUGACAUCCGUGGUGUUGAUUUGAUAAAGAUUGAGAAGCAUGAUCUAGAAGGUGAGUAAUAACGCAUGCACUUCUCUAUAGUUAUGGUUCUCUGUUAGCAGCUUGUUCUCCAUUCAUGUGAAACUUCAGCUGCCAGGUUACAAUGCAUGGCACUUACCCCCUUGCUGAUCUGUAUUGUUUCAAGUGUUAAGAUAAACUAGCUCAGGGGAUAUCUGUAUCACUACUAAAAGGGCACCAUGUUGUGUUUUGGUACUAUUAUAGCAAACCUUUGUAUUUAACUAUGAAUUGAGUAAAUUCAAUUUCUUGUCUUCUCUGUUUAGAAACUUGAUAAUGCACCUGAGUUUCCUAAUGUAAGAAACUUUUAGAGUGCCUUUUUAUAUUUGUGUAUGCUGGAUAUCUACUAUUGUGAACAUGUUUUUCCUUCAUUUGAGUCAUACUGAAGCAAUAUAAUACCUAUAUGUUUUCGUUUCAAAGCUUUAUGACUUUGUCGUUUUUUUAAAAAAAACAUUUGCGUUGACAUAAAAUUAAUAUGCUAAAUUUGUAUAGGAAUUUAUACAUUUUCUUAUUACACAAAGCAAACCUUAAGUCAGUGUUAUUGAGAAGGAUGUUUUAAAAUGGUGACAAUCUUGGGUGUGUAUUAAAUGCAACUAUCCGUGUUUGUAAUGCAGUGACAUACAUUUUAAAAAGCCAAUAUCUAAUGUUUUGUAGUUUUGUCUGUAUAUUUUAUGCUUUUAGCAUGUGCAAUAUAUCUUUACAAACCAUGGUGUCAUGCAUCUGGUGCCAGUGUUACAUUUUGUAUGAAAUAUUUGUAAUAAACAGUAUGAAAUAUU